CACUCUAUUGAUUGAAAGGAGAUCGUCUUUUAGAGACGCCAUCUUAAAAAUAAAGUGAUAUAAGUUUCGGUAGGGUAGAUUAUAUUAAAAAUCCAAAGUAAUCUCCUAUAAGACAUUAGCAAUCGAGCUUAGAUAUUAUUAAUAUUGUGAUAUCAGGUAUAACGGACCAAGUUGGUGGUCAGUUGCGAGGGUGACCUCCUGAUGGUGUGUAUAUCGCAGCAUGUCUGCACUCUCGACGCCGGGCGGCGGAGGCACUUCGGCGCAGAGCAAGCCGACGUCCGGCAAGCAAAAGUAUCAGAAGUUGGACAUCAAUAGCUUGUACUGUACCAACAAAAACGAGAGCUCUGAACCGUCAUCUGUGAAAUCUCAACUAAGCCGUAAACAUGGAAUGCAAAGUCUCGGAAAAGUACCCUCAGCCCGGCGUCCACCUGCCAACUUGCCUUCUUUGAAAACUGAAACUGGACAAGAUCCCAAUACUAACGCUGUCUCUACUGCUGCCACUACUGCACCUGCACCAGCAACAUGCACUACUCAGACUACGACUGUGGCGCCUCCCAGCGGUGCGGCUGCGGGCGCCCCCGGUGGCUGGGUGCCGCUGCCGCCGCCCUCGGCUCCGUACUCGCGCACAGAGUUCCCCUCGCUCGAGGCUGCUGCUCAGCCCUCGCACCGCUCCGCAGAACACGCGGCACCGCAGCCGCAACUCAGACCACAAACGGAAGGCAGCUGGACGUGCGGUGGCACCGCCGGCGUGAGACCCGAGGGCGCGUCGCCCGCGCCCGCCGCCCCGGCGCCCAACGCGGCCGCACAGCCGCCCCACUACCGUGCCAUUCUGCCCUCAUUCUUGGAUUGUACAAAUUCUCCAUUAUCGCCGCAGCUGAUAAAAGGUAGCAGCGGCAGCGGGCUAGGGUUGGGGUCUCUGGGCGCGCUCCGCGACAGCCGCGGCGGCGGCGGCGGCGCGCCGCGGCCCGCCCCUCGCCCGCCCGCCACGCCCCGCGCCGUCGAGGUGCUCACUGCGCGCCCCAUCCUGCGCGAGGAGCAGAUAUCCUCGCUCGACGACAUCUCGCGCGACGCCGGAUGGGCGCAACAUGAUGACAUCGAUUAUGAUCAAAAAUUGGACUUUUCUGACGGAGAAACCUCGAUGCCCUCCGCGGGUAAGGGGAAUCACAAAAACAAUCACAAUAGAGCGGCUAUUGACAUGGAUCGGGUAGGAGAUUCGAAAAUACAGGAAGUGGGUGACGAGGAACAAUUGUGGGCGGAGCGGCGCCAGAAGCAAAGCAACGAGAUCGCUCAGGCGGUGGCGCGGGCGCGGCAGCGCAAAGCUGAGGAGCAGCGGCGGCAGAUGUCCGACUCGGGCGCGCCGCCGCCGCCCGCCAAGGACAGCAGGGACCGCGAGCCCGACGCUAGGGACAAAGAAAGGACUGAUAACCGAGACAGGGAGCGGACCGACAACAGGGACCGCGUAGACAAUAGGGAUAAAGUUAAUAACGAAAUUCGCGACACCCGGGACAAGGAGCGCGUCGAUAACCGCGACAGAGAUCGCAUGGAUAACAGGGAACGGUUCGACAACAGGGACCGAGACCGCGACCGCAUGGAUACUCGCGAUCGCGGAGAAAACCGAGACAACCGAGGUCGCAUGGAUAACAGAGAGCGCCAAGAUGGCGAGAAGGAGAGAGCGGACAACCGCGACAGAGACCGCAACGAUAAUAGAGAGCGCACAGAUCGCGAUCGGUUUGACCGGGAGCGAGAGCGCACAGACAACAGGGACCGCGAGCGCGGUGACCGCGACCGUGGCGACCGCGACCGCGGCGAUCGCGAACGAGGAGACCGGGAAAGGGAUCGCGACCGGGAUUUCCGCGACAGGGACUACGGACGCCAACAUGAUCAGAACAAUCCCGCGUUUUCCAAGACUUUCCAACAAAAUAUUCCGCCUCGAUUCCUAAAACAACAGCAGAACAGACAGCAGGACGAGCAGCACAAGGGCUGGGCGUUCUCCGGCAAGCAGGCGCCGCGCCGCCAGGAGCCACCGUCCUACAACGCUCCCCGUCAUGCGCCGCACAAUGGCCGCCGUUCCUAUUCCAGGGAUUACUCGGACCGCGAAGAUGAGUUCAGAAGGGAUAGCAAAGAAGGAUCUGGGCAACACUGGCGAUCCGAAAUGCAGGAUUAUGAGAAAGUGGGCCGUGAAUUGGACAGAUCUAACUCCAAGGAGUCCUAUAAAGACUAUGGCGAUCAUAAAGACAGGAGAAGCGAAUCCGAUCGGAAAUCUGUGGAACGAUCCACGGAACAAAUUAGCAAGCCUUCUGCCGCUGACAAACUGUCAGAAGUAUUUGAACGGAAGAGCAUUGGAAUAACGGAAGCUUUUUCAUCUGACUCGUCUUCCCACGCGCCUACGACUGAUGUACGUAAUUCGCCUGCGUCCAAUUCUCAGCGCGAAUCAUCCGAGAGAGACUUUGGUAAAACUUCCUGGGCCGAAGCCUCGCAAGAAGAUCUCAGUCACUUUUCAUCGAAAUCUCCCGCUGACAAAAUGGGACAUUCCAGUGAGAAUGAACAGAAGCCUAAAGAUUCUCUUCUUAAAGAGGAGGAACUCAAGCGUCAGUCUCUACCACCCAGCGCAGGACCUCCCCUACAACAGACAGCAAUGCAAACAAACAUGGCUCCAUUCUCCGCUCAAGGUCAAAAUAAGAAUCACGGUAUUUUGGUACAAAACUUCUCUCAUAAUCAACCAUCUAAUUCUUUUACAAAUGUCCAACCUCAAACCCAACCUGUCACCUCUCUAAGCCAUUCUCAGUCCUUUACGGACGUCCAAGUUUCUAAAACUUCGAAUGUAUCUAUAAGUAAAAAUCUACUGGAACCUCUAACCAACCCGCAUUUACAAAAUCCGCCUACAUCUGAUCCAAUGGCGAUGAACGUGAAACCAAUAUUUACACCGCAAAAGUCGGAGAAGGAACUCUCAGAAUCUGAAUCAAUCUGUUCCAAGUCGAGCACCGAUCCUGCAGCCCCCACGGUGCCCAAGCCUAACGAGGCACACUCCGUAGAAUCUCUUCACAGCGGGACAGACUCUCAAAAGCGCAAUGUUGAUGACAAAAGACACGAAAGGUUUACUGAGGCGUUUAAUAAAAUUCCUAAUAAAGAACCUAUUGAAAGGAAAUCUAGUGGCUCCGGUUCAGAAAAGAAAGGAAGAGGGUACGGAGGUGGAGUCGGGUGCGGCGUCUACCGAGGCUGGGGACAGCGAGAGUCACGCGGGCGACGCUCGCACCGCAGCUCGCACUCCAACAACCGAGCCAGCGAGUCGGACGGCUCCACUGACGGCGCGCCCAAUGCCGAGCGGAAGGAGCGGCGCCGCGCACCGCGCAGCCCCAGGGGCAUGAAGAAACCUGACAGAAUCGACGAUCCUAAUCGCCCUCUACUUGUUGACCAACCACCUUCCAUGGAUAAUAUAGAAAAUCGUGAGCCCUUUGCGCCUCGAGGCCAGCCUUCUCGACGGGGGCGAGGCGGCUUCCAGGGUACCACGCGGCCGCCGGCGCCCGCUAAAAGGGUUACUGGCUAUGGGCCGCCGAAUACCAAAAGUCCGUUUAGUCAGGCAAAUCGCGCCGUUAAGGAUAUGGACGAAGUAAAAGACAACGCGCUGUUGGACGACAAGGGGAAACCUGGCAACAAGCCUCGCACCGGCUCGUCUCUGGGCAGAGGCCGAGACCGCCGCCCGAAGGGAACCGGGCCGGGUCCACUUAGUGGUGAAGAUGAAAAUUGGGAAACGACGUCUGAACAUUCCGAAGGAGGAGGAUCCAGUGGCCGUCGAAGAUCCGUUGGCGGUCGAAUGUCGAACCAGUCCCUUAAAGGGCAAGGGCGCAACCAGGCAUCCGGAAACCGCCAAAACAACGGUGGCCGCAACACACAGCCGGGCAAGAAAGAUGCUCUAGUAGAUAAUAAAACUGGUGAUAUUACGGAGGCUAUGAUAACUGUUGCUAAGAAAGAAGAUGAGGUCGCGGACGAUGGUUUCCAGGAGGUGCGUAAUAAGAAAAAUUCAAAGGACACUAGAGGACCUACUGUAAAAGAAGAAACUCAGAACAUUGCCAAACAGCCUAGAUCUCACUCAAACCAGGGCGGUGGCCGAAAUGGAUCGACUACUAGAAAUACUAACGAUAAAUCUAAUGCAAGAGGUUCCGCCCCCGUGUCUGGUAAGACCGGGCCGCAGUACGAUCGAACGCGACAGGCUAACCUGGCACCGCGUUUUGUGAAGCAGAGACAGAAGCAGCAAAUGGGCUUGGUGACCGCAUUUGGUCCGGACACAGGUGCGGCCCCUCCGCCGCCCGCAGUUAACGCUUGGGAUAAACCUAUUUCGCAAACUCUGCGGGGUAAUGUUGAAGAAACCUCCGAGUCGAUCGAAAACAAGUCUGGUCCACCGAGUCAGCGUAGCACGCCAGGCGACGCUCCCGCCGAGAGCAAGCCGGCGCCAAUGGGACCUGCUGUCGCUCCGUCCCUCGCCACUGAUAAGACUGGGGUUCUUGACGGGACCACGCCGCCUGUGGAAACUAUUAUAUUCGAAAAUACUAACUACAAGACUGCUCCACCCGCCGAGGCUCUCAAACAGAAGUAUCAACCUAGUGCAAAUACAGCCAAGCCGCAACCGCAAGGCGAGGAAAUGCCUACGGAAGUUGACGCCCGAGCGCUCUCGUUCAAUGGAGACGUGAGACCGCCGCCGCGGUCUAUUCAAGAAUUAAUAUCAGAUAGACCGGUGACUGACGGGGAGAGCACUCUGGGCUUGCCGAUGUCGUUCGACACGACUCAGAAAGCCGAGGAUUCGUCCGAUAUGAAAUUAGAUUUCGCUUUCGAUUCGGAUCUCGGUCAAUUGACUGAAGAUAAGUCGGCCAAAUCUGCGCUAGGCUUGCCGCGUGGAACGCACAUGAGCACUUCAAACACAAUUUCGCCGUUGGCUGCGGAUCUCAAUUUAAAAAUCGCCAGCGUCAAGAAAGUAUGGGAGAUGUCUGCGGUGGCCGAAGGGAGUGAAGAAUUGCAGUUUGCAGGUUUCGAGGAGGGCAAUGCGGAAACGGGUGCUCCCCCGAACGUGUGCAAGGUUAAACCGACGCAACAGCUGCAGUCGCCACCCCCGCAGCACUACAACCACAUGGGAUACCAAGGCGGAUACGGCGGGCUGUCAGUGCCGUCGCCGCCCGCGGUACUGUUCAAUUCGUCGCAGCAACUGCUGGGUUCGUCGCAGCAGCUGCCGCAGCAGGGCGGGCUGUACGGUGCCUUCCUCGACCAGAGCCGGGGCCAGUUCGGAGGCUUCCCCGGGACGCCGUACGGCGCCGGCUCCGCAGCACCAUACAACUAUCAACCUCCGCCUGACAUGUUCCAGAGCCUUCCUAAUCAGUACCGCAUGGCGGCAGCAGCGGGCGGCGGCGCGGCGUUCGGCCAGUCCGGCCAGCUCGGCAACAGCCCCAGCACGGUUCUCAUCUCCAGCACGUCCAACUCGCUCAUGUCUGCCUCCGUCAAGCCCUCUACGCAACAGAUCGGCGCCAUAGGGAGCAAAGGUGGCGGCGUCGGUGGCGUCGGCGGCGUGGGCGGAGUGAAUACCUACCAGCAACAAUACUUGGGUUACUCCGGGCCGGUCGGCGAGGCGCCGUACUCGCUGCAGGGCCUGAUGCCGCGGCCCGCGCCUCCCGCGAGCUCGUACUACUCGCCGUACCAGCCGCCCGCCGCGCCGGCGCCCACCUACCCGCUGCAGUUCACGCAGCCCGCGCAGUCGGGGGCGUUCAGCUCGCAGUUCUUGUCGAACCAACUACAGGUCGCAGCAGCCGUCCAGCAGAUGCAGCAGCAACAGUUCCGCGCACCGCUACAGCAGCAGUUCGCGCCGCCGCCCGCGGCUGCGCAGCCGCGCCCGCCGCCGCAGCAGCUCAAGAGCCCGCUUCACGAGCAUGCCAACGGCUUCGCGCCGCUCUGCGAGCCCGCCUCGCCCACGCCGCAGGGCAAGCAAGCCAAGCCCAACGUACAAAAGCCGCCGCACUCCCCGCCGCAGCACAAGUACCAUGCGCCGCCGCCGCACCCGCCGCCCGCGCACACCCCGCACCAGCACCACCCGCAGCAUCCACAGCACCCGCAGCACCAGCAACACCAGCAGCACCCGCAGCACCAACAGCACCCGCAGCACCAACAGCAUCAGCAACAUCAGCAGCAGAUGGGCGGCGGCAACAACGGGCGGUGCGGCGGCGGCAUGCCGCGCGGCGGACUGACGGCGCCGCGCUACCCCGCGCCUAUCCAGCGGCCGCACGCGCCCGCCAUGCCGCUGUACCGCGCGCCGCCCGCGCCCGCACGCCCGCACCACGCGCCGCCGCGACACAACCUCUACUACCACCACCACCAGCGCAGUCAGUAUCCACUGCAACAACUACCAUACAUAUAUGGCGGCGGUGUGAUGGAGCGGCCCUCGGAGAGCGGCGAGCCGGCCGCGGCGCCCGAGGAGGCGGAGGCGCCGCCCGUAGAGGCGCAGCCCGCCGAGGUGAAGGCCGAGUGAGCGCGCGCCGCGCGGCUCCGCGCGCCUCUACCCAAACAAGCAAAACGCCAACCGACGAUUUCGGUAUUAUAAGUUAAACGUAAAUUAUCGAAGAUUAAGAUUAUGUGAGGUGCAAACACUGGCAGACGAUUUUUUUUCAUACAAAUCUCAAUGCACUUAUGCAUACAAUGUUAUUAUUUGAAUUAUUGACAUUAUCGUAUUUUAAUGAAUUUAUUGCAUUGUCCAGUCCGGCCGAAAAAGGCUGCGACGACAAGUAUUACUUUACGACAUAAUACUGAGUUCGCUCGUAGAUUGUUCACACUUUAUAAUGAGUUUUCUGUGAACUGGAUAUUAUGAUUAAUAAUUGUAAUGAUUGAUCGGAAACUAGUUUCUAGAAUUACUACUUUUAAAUGAUUUAUUUCAAAAUAUAAUAAUAAAUAUAGUGUUAUUAUGAUUUAUAGCAAACUAGAUGCUAUGGUUUUAAUUACAAGCAUGAACUUGAAAGUGCUUUUAACGUGUAAUAUUAGUUACUUAAAAUAUCUAUGUCAAAAGUCCUCAAAAUGCAGCUAUUACAUUUCUCAUCAAACUGUGUCUAUAUAUUUAUAACUAUAUCGACCGCACACUCUGUCUGAUGUCAAAGAAUUGUGAAUGGCGGUUAACAGCAUAACAUCCGACAAUCAGAUCUAUUUUAUUUAUACGAUAACUUACAUAGAUUGAUUGAUUGAUUGAUUCGCUAUAAAUUCCAUCACAUGUAAUCCAUAUACGAACUUGUCAUUGCGUGUACAACAAAUACUCGCUCGUUAUGAUAUCUGUGCAAUACCUAUUAUUAUUAUACUUAGAGUUUUCAUUAGGUCUUAUGUAGGUAACGUAGCAAGCACUGAUCUCCGUACAAAAUGUACGAAAAUAUGAUUACAUAUAUGAUGCAUUUGAAUGAACAUUUUACAGACGAUUGAACGGUAAUGGCUGGCGCUCAUUAUUUAUACUAACAAUAAUGAAACUUAACGUAGUGGAGUUACUAGCGUAAUUUCAAUGCUAACUGGUCAAUCUACGCCAAAAUUAAGUAUUUUCAGUCAUUAAAACUGCUACCUUAUAAUAUUAAGUUCAAUUACUGUUUGUCUACAAAAAUGACUCGUGGCUUUAGUGGACGCCGGCCAUAAAGUAGGGGGUAGUCAAGCUGUUCACAUACUUCGGGUUACCUGUUCUGCGCGUUGAGGCGUCCAGUCCCGACUCCCGAUGGAUCUGAACAUUUUGGCGGCUUUUGUAUUUGAUACUGACUACUUGAAAUUCGAAUUCUAUGUGUAUAAUUUGUAUUAACUCUAAAUUGAAUUAUGAAAUAGCAAUAAUGCAUAAGAGUAAUUUAUUUAUUAAAUUAUGUAAUGAUUAUUAUAUGAGACUAAAUUUACUUCUGAUAAUUAAUGGUUUAUAUAGUUUCUAAAAUUUACCAAGACUAGUUGGUUGCAGUGAAGGUAUAGUCACUACUAGACGACCAUGACUUGUUAAAAUACCUCAAUGGGGUCGCUCCGUGAAAUCAAACUGAACUAAGUAGCCAAAUAUUUUUCUUAAGCGGACUCAUUCUCUCUUCACCAUUCUCAACUCUUUUACUUCUGUACAACCUUAGGUAAAAUCAAUCAUCAGUUCACAGCAAUCUUUGAUAUAAGACAGAGGCAUUGCUAACAGACGCCAUAAGAACAUCGUGCGAGUUAAAUUUAUUUUAUUUUCUGAUAUAUAGCCAAAGUGUGGAGUUGAUGUUGUAGUAGGCCAAUAGGGGCUGUUGGAUACCCUCAGCUUAAUUCAUCCGCCGAGUAAUUAGAACAUCCUGUCAGUUUAUCACAAGUUCAAAAAUGUUUUCAAACAAGGGAUAUACCAUAUUAUCAGUUGUUGAUAAGGUUGAUUCUAAUUUAAUCUUAAUGGCAGUAGCGCCUUCGCCUUACCAACAACCGGCAGUAAGUACCCCGUUGUUUGAAUACGGCGCAUUUAUGAAUUUGUUGAACACGCACCUCGCUUCUAGUUUUGCCCCCUCAGUCUACACGUACAUCGCACACCCUUGCUGUAACUAUUAUGUAGCUUAGUUGGUAGCAUAUUGCAUACAAGGCGUACACCAAUCCCGUUAAGAUAGAAAUAACAGAAAUGUAGCACUGGCAAUCCGUGUUAACACGGCCGACACUUUUGCCAAUUUUAUAUGUAGUAUUAUAAAAAGCAAUACACUAGAUUGAUUUUUACAAACAUCAAGAAGCAAUCCUACAAGUGCCUGUGCAUAAACUAGGUUAAUUUCUAAAUACACUUUAUCCAGCAUGUAUUAGCAUUAUGGCAAUGACCUAAAUAAUUUAAAAUGCAGUCGCCCUUUGUUUCAUCAUUUGUGGUAAAUUGAUGGCACUAAAUUUUAUGAAUUUAGCUUAAUACAAAAUUAGAAAAUGCGACAGAUUUGCGUGUGCGUUUUUAUUAAAAAAAAUUGUUUAAAACGGGGUCAUAUAUUUUUGGCAUUCAACUCAUAGUUGGUGAGAUACAACAUUCUAUAAUUUCGUCGACAACUGGAUGUGGUGGUGUGGUGGGAUCGAAACCGUUGGGUUUUUUUCUACUUUAUAGCUGUUUGCGAUUAUACCUAUAUUUCAAAAGCGAAUGCAUUGUGUGUAUGUAUGUGACCAAACCCUUAGAAAGGAAUAAAUAAAAACAACGGCAUUAUAUCUUAGUGUUUUAUAACUAGACAUAUACGAGUAUAUACCUUAUCAUUACUCGUGACUGCCACAAGUUAGAAAAGCUGUCCGUGCAUCGGCGGCCCGGCCCUCUGUCCCGGCCCCACUACACCCGCCAGACUCUAAGAGCCAAUACGACGCAAAUUCUAUCAAAACAGCUAGAGUUAAACCAAGAUAAAGUCUGCAACGAUUUUUUAAACGUCAAACUACUAUGAAAUUGUGGUUGGUAUUCCACCUGUCCAAUUUAUUUGUCCAAUGUCAGUGUGUCUCACACUCUCAGUAAAGCAAAAUGUGAGAUGUAAUACAGAUUGUACAAAGAAAUUGGUGGAAUACCACCCUAUGACGUAUAAAAACACUCGCACUGCUGUGCUAUCAAAAUCGUUUCAGACUUAUCUUGAUUUAACUCUAUUUUAGACUCACUAUAAAGCUACAUCUUUUUAUUGAUACCUUUAGUUAUUUAGUUUCAACUUCCUCACAUACAGUCCUUUCGAUAAAAUAAAGUAGACGAGUUAGAAUCGAAUAAGACUUAGAUGUAAUAUUGGUUUAAUGCAUACUUACUGCAACUGGAUGUUACUAAUUGUAGACCUCCAUCGUUUUAAGUAGCAUUCUGAGUAAAAGUGGUGGUUGGAAUUAGAGACAUUCGCUUGCGUAAUUCUUAGGCGCCGAAAGCCGUACCUUUGUGCUGCGGCCACUGCGCCAGUGGCAAAGACUGCAUGCAAGCGGCUAGCAUCACAGGAAGCGGGAGACGGUCUUGGUUCUAAUAAGUAGUUAUCGGUACGUUUUCUACAAGUUUUGACACAUUUUACGCUAUUUUGGUCACAUAGUUAAAAUCAUUUAUGGCAUCAUUGUGUAUUAUACAGACACUAGAAAAGACUGUACAUAUAGAUAUAAUGACAGGUAUAGGUAAGUAUUUUAAUCAAUCAGCACAACCACCUUACUUAUGAAACGUUCGUAAGAUUUCACCUUUGCACGGGUGGCCCAGUUAUAAUGUUAUUAUUUCCAGAGAAUUUGAUCACGAUCACUAUUACCUAUUUGGCAUGUCUAUUCUAGUGUACCGCAUCUGCAUGCGUGGCGUCUCGAUAAAAUAUAUCAAGACUUGUAGCAAGCUGUGUGUAUGGGCACGAUUACUUAGCCAACCGAGCUUAUAUAACAUGCGUCCGGUCCGAGCAACGGUGUUGUUUAUAGCUAGAUUUAGAUAGUCGUGUAAUAAUUACAACCGUUUUCUUCCAUUGUUGUGUACAUCCUACUACACGUUAUGAUACUGCCUUAGAGUACUUUGAUUAAAUCCAGAGGUUGUCUACGACUGCGUUACGGACUAAGAGACAAAUCAAUCUCUGUGCUAAUGUGAGGAGAGGAGCCGAGCGUUACGCUCGUAGCUCCCAUUCACUCCUGAUCUCCUUUUAUGAACUGUCAGUGACUUGGUUUACGCUUACCUGUUGCAUGUGUAAUAUAAUGUUGAAUGUAUCGCAUGAUAGUUAAUACGAAUAUUACAUCAAUCCAGUUGUAGGAUGCCGAAGGUUCUUAUUAUAAAGAAACACCGUUAUGUACCUUCUUUCUUGCAAAUAACGAACUAUAUUUGUAUUUGAGCCGUGUAAGGGCAUUGAGGCUUGCAAGGAAACGAUCUGUUAGAGUACUUUGGAAGUGUAUGGUGGAUCCGCCUGCCGCCCGGAUUCGCCGCGCGGGCCGGGCUCGGCGUCGGCGCGCCUGCCGCGCCGUUUGUCUGUAUGUAAAUAUAUUUGAUGAAGAGACAAGGGAUAGUCUAUUGGACUGCUAUAUUUAAGUAUAUACGCGAACGGUUAGCGGCCUCGUGCGAAGGCGCCCGCGCCGACACGUACUGACAGAUGCUGCCUCUAGACUUCUCACUAGUGAAUAUGUAGCGACGGUUAUUGCAACAUGAAAGCUGCAAUAUGAAUGAAUAUUGUAAUGUAAUUUGAAGCGAAAGGCGAGCGAGCGUUUGCUCGCUCGACGGCCGCUAGCGACGCGCGUUUUGCGCUCAAUGUAUCAUAAUCAAUUAUUGUAUGCGAAUAAAAAUAUUAUGAUCGA